AUGAGUGAUAAAAAUACAAUUUUAGAAAGGUUAAGUAGGCGAGAUGCACAACGGUUAGAAAAAUUACAGAAAGCACACAAGGCGAGGGAAGAAGUCGAUGCAUGUGAUGAAAACGAGGAUUAUUUCUCUGGCGCCUUUAAAAUAAAAUCUGAAUACAUUGAAGACCUGCUAUCACAAGUUCCAACCACAGAAACUAAUGUGUUACCUUCGCACUUUGACAACAUAAAACGAGAAGUGAACGAAUUACAAAAACAUGUUGUGACAUCAUCAUUUUUUCUAAAGGAGUUUAAUAUGCGGAAAUAUUUAGGUAUAGUGCAGAAUUUACAAACUACAUGUUAUGAAUUAGAAGAUCGUUAUGUACCAAGGAAAAAGUUUGGGUUUUCAAAGAAAAAGCUACCAAAAUCUCAUAAUCAGAAGCAAGGGUCCUUAGACGAGAGUGACGGUGCAGGCAAGAUUGAUAGCAACAAGUGGGAUGAAAAGCUUUUCGGUUUUGAUUCACAGGAAAAUAAAGUGUUACUACUUGAGAAUGAUGAGCUGUUUCAGAGGGAUGUUGCUCUACGUAAUCUUAAGAACUGUACCAUUGGCCUAAAAGGUAUUAUGGGUACGUUGCAUUUAACUAAUUUAGAAAACUGUGUGAUAUUGUCUGGACCAGUGACAUCAUCUGUAUUUGUUGAUAAAUGUACCAACUGCAAGAUUGUAACAGCUUGUCAACAGUUACGUAUGCACACAUCCACUAACUGUGACAUUUAUUUACACGUCACUAGUAAAGGUAUUGUCGAGGAUUGUUCUGGUGUAUACACGGCCCCAUACAAUUUAUAUUAUCAAGAUUUAGAAAAACAUUUCAAUAUGUCCUCUUUAGACCGAAAUGCCAAUAAUUGGGAUAAAUUGGAUGAUUUCAAUUGGCUGGCCCCAGAUGUUCCAUCACCGAAUUGGUCAGUAUUGGAUCAGUCACAACGCAUCACAAAUUGGGAUGCUUGGUGGUCAAAGAUACCUUCCUAG